CCUAUUUAAGGCCGUCCCUGGCGUCCCCACGGUGUCCCCGAUGUCCCCGACGGCCCCGGCCAUGGCCGGGCCCCGGCUGCCCUCGGCCCUCGGGCUCCUGCUGCUCUGCCUCUGCCUGCCAGAUCCAGGCGCUGCCGACGACUGCGAAUCGGGAUCCCGCUUGGCCCCGCUGAUGGCCGGAGUGGAUCCCUGCAAGGAUCCCGCGGGAUUCCUCAGCCCCCAGCUGCCCAGAGACGGGGCCGGAUCCCCCGGGGGAUCCUACAGUGACUCGGGAUCUUAUGGGGGUGGCCCGGGAUCCUCUGGAGGAUCGGGAUCCUAUGGGAUCAAGUCGGGAUCCUAUGGGGGCAGCUCGGGAUCCUAUGGGGGAUCGGGAUCCUCCGGGGGAUCGGGAGCAUUCCCAGGACGAGGGAGCGGAUCGGGAUCCUACGUGUCCCCGGGAUCGAGCGGAGGCAAGCCGGGAUCCUACGGCAGCAGGCCGGGAUCCCCCGGGGAUGGCUCGGGAUCAUUUGUCUCGCCGGGAUCCGGUGGGCCGCCGGGAUCCUACGGACUGGUGCCCUACGGGAGUGGAUUCGGAUCGGGGAGCUACGGCCCGCAAGGGGGAAGUGGAUCGGGAUCCUAUGGGGGACUGGGAUCCUACGGGGGAUCCAGUUCAGGAGCCUAUGGAAGCAGCUCAGGAUCGGGCAGACCGGGAUCCCAAGGGGGAUUUGGAUCCGGAUCGGGAUCGGGCAGACCAGGAUCCCAAGGGGGAUUUGGUUCCGGAUCGGGAUCAGGCAGACCAGGAUCCCAAGGGGGAUUUGGAUCAGGAUCAGGAUCAGGAUCAGGAUCAGGCAGACCUGGAUCCCAAGGGGGAUUUGGUUCCGGAUCAGGAUCGGGCAGACCUGGAUCCCAAGGGGGAUUUGGAUCCGGAUCGGGAUCGGGCAGACCUGGAUCCCAAGGGGGAUCUGGAUCAGGAUCAGGAUCAGGAUCAGGAUCAGGAUCAGGAUCAGGCAGACCUGGAUCCCAAGGGGGAUUUGGAUCAGGAUCAGGCAGGCCUGGAUCCCAUGGGGGAAGUGGAUCGGGAUCAGGCAGACCUGGAUCCCAUGGGGGAAGCGGAUCGGGAUCGGGCAGACCUGGAUCUCAGGGGGGCAGCGGGUCCCAAGGAGGCAGCGGAUCGGGUUCCUAUGGGGGCAGCUCAGGAUCCUAUGGGGGCAGCUCAGGAUCCUACGGGCUCUCUGAGUCCUACGGGGAUGAUUCGGGUUUCUACGGGGGAUCGGGAUCCUAUGGGGGGGAUUCGGGGUCCUACGGGGGUGGAUCAGGGUCCUAUGGGGGCGGAUCAGGAUCUUAUGGGGGUGGAUUGGGAUCCCAUGGGAGACCAGGAUCCUAUGGGAGACCGGGAUCCUAUGGGAGACCGGGAUCCUAUGGGGGUGGAUCGGGAUCUUAUGGGGGAUCGGGGUCCUAUGGGGGUGGAUCAGGGUCCUACGGGGGUGGAUCGGGAUCUUAUGGGGGAUCGGGAUCUUAUGGGGGUGGAUCAGGCUCCUAUGGAGGACCAGGAUCCUACGAGGGUGGAUCAGGAUCCUAUGGGGGGUCAGGAUCUUAUGGGGGAUUGGGCUCCUACGGUGGGUCGGGGUCCCAGGGGGGCUCCCAGCGCCCCCUGUACAAGAACCCCGGGAUCCCCUUCGUGCCGGGGCUGCGGGAUCCAGCCCGGAUCGGUGGCUACAUCCCUGUGCGCCGCGGCCCCACCACGGGAUCGGGAUCCACUCACGGCUCCAGCGCGGGAUCCGGCUCGGGGACGGCGACCGGGACCUAUGGCUCGGGAUCCCAAGGGGGAUCCCAAGGGGGAUCCGGGAGGGGAUCUGGGGGGGGAUCCGGGGCAGGAUCUGACCAAGCCCAGUCCGGCUGCGGGGGCUGUGACGAGUAGGGGGCACCUGGAGCCCCCCCGGUCCCAUUCACGCGCCCUAAUAAAGUCCUUGCAGCUCGG